AUAAUAAUAAUACAGCUUUGUCGUUUAGUUAAAACGUAUUAUAAAUAAUACGUUUAUUUUAGAUUAAAAUCAUUUGCAACGAAUCUUUUUUUCAAGCUUUCCUUUUCCAGUUUUUAAUCUUUAGUCCAAACGCCCUUUUGGAUACCGUGGAGCCAAACGGCUUCCUCCCAUCGUGCAUGAAAAGCCGUGCAUGUGAUUUGCCUCACGGGCCGCAAUAAAACACUAAAACUCUGGGGAUAGAAUGACCUUUCUGAUUCUGCACACUGACACAACCUCUGCUGCAUUCCAGUCCACACAUUGGCUUCUCUGUUCAGCCUUUACAGCCCCAGCAGUGCCUCCGUCCAGCGUGUUUUUCCUGUUGGUGUUUGUGAGCAACAAUUAGAUUUUGAAAAUAGAAACCCAGUUUAGAAAACUCAUUUAACAGAAAUCUGUUGUAAAAGAAAACUAAUUCUUAAAUGCCGAUAUUUGACACUUUUGAAAGCGCUUUUCCAAAUGCGUAGACAAAAUUGUUUGUUAAAAAGAAUGAGGCGAGCCUCAAAUUCAAUACAAAUCCUGUUUGGCAGCAAUGACAAAUUAGGACAAUUUGCACAGCUAAGCUCGUUAAUUAAUGAAAUUAUUUAUUCUUUGUGUUUUACCUCUAACGAUGUUGUUGGAAUUCCGCUUUGAAGUUUUAAUUAGGGCGAAUUUUCAAAUUAUGUGCGUAAAACUCGCCAAACUUUAAUUUCCAAAUAAAUUAGAGAGAAAUAAAGAACCCAUAACAAUUUACUUUGUGAGUUUUUUUUACCCUGGAAUAAAAUAUUUAAUAUAUCGUGCUAAAGUAAGCAGAGUAACGCACAUUAUUGCUGCAGUGCAGACUCCAACUUUUGAGGGUCUCUGUCUAAAUUCUGUGCGUUUCGGAUGUCACAAAUGGGCACGAAAAGGUGACGGGAAACUUUUAUUGCACCAGCCACUUCCUCCUCUUUGUUCUCGUCUUUUUUAUGGGCUUUUUCAGGAUCCCAAACAACAGACCAAACGCUGUUGCGCGUCCAGGCUCCGCGGAUUCUUCCUAUUGAAGAAAUCAAUGCGCUGAGCCAAUGAGCUGCUGCAGCGAGAGCGGCUGCGACUCUGGGCAGACAUUUUCAGUAGCGUCAUUGAUUAUUUUAUUGGUACCUCUUAUGGCUUGUUGCAUAACGGGAAUGUAAUGUGACUUGUCGUUUCAAGUGCACGCAUGAAGUUUUAUUCUUUUUUCCCAUUCGGGUUAAAAGCAUUUAAAUUGGAAUGGAAGAGGGAACGCGCUCCAUUUGACCUUAAAACAAUAAAAUAAAAUGAGAGGAAGAAAAAAAGCUCUGGAUGGUUUUGAAUUUCGUAUUUUUCAGGAAUUUAAAUGUAGUCGGUGUUGUCUCGAAAGUAGUUUUGUCAGUUUGGUGCAAAGCAACUCUGAAGUAAUUUCCAAAAGCCAUAAUUUGCUGCAGAGAUAAUUAUCGGUUCCUGUUUCCUCUGUGUGUGUCAGAGGAAUGUCGAGGUGAGAUUAGAACAAUACAAAGAGACAGGAACACGCGCGUGGAGAUUAUAAAACCUUAUGUUUUACUUUAUGUGGUUUAAAAUGUUUUGUGAGUUUAGAAGGCGCUCUUUGUGCGCACUGACACAUUUGCUGCAAGAAUCUAUGCUGAACUUUUUAAUGUGGUGAACUAAAAAUUUCUCUGAUGCAAUUUAUAAACAUAGACGUGCUUUGCACGAGACUUAGCUGAGCUGUGCAUUCAUUUGUGAAGCUGGGUUGCAGAGCUUUGCUGCAGAGACAGUUGUUGGUGUGCUGGGGAACGUCACUUGUUUUAUUGCCCUCACAGAAGAAAGACCAUAAACGCAUUCUUACCACCUCCAACCUCCACCACCCCCAUCAGCUCGCUGAAAAAGCAUGGGCACUGCUCACAUGGCAUAUAACUUAAAGAAAUAUUAACGGUUUGUUGGGAAAUCAUUGAUCUGUCUGUUAUUAAUGCGCAAUAUUUGUUUUAACCCUCGCAGAAAAGGUGACAAAUGAUAGCAGGGAAGAAAUAAAAGACACAAUAACCUCACAUUUAAGGGCAUUUAGCUGCACGUGAGACUGUGUGUGUCAGUGUGAUUUUAUUUAACAGCACCUUCAUGAUUCUGUGUCUCUAUUCGCAUUUCCUGUUUCCUUUCACUUCUUUCUGCGCUCUGCUUUUCUCCAAAACGAGACGCGUAAACUUCAAGUCAAAAAACUUCCCAUCCAGUCGAGCUGGAUAGUGUGCAACUCCACGUCUGCGUUGUGUUUAUCGGCAUUUAGCACUAAUGUUCAAGCGCUGAGCUAAAAGCUACAGUUUCGCCUGACAUCCUGCGUCUCAAUUGGUCGAGAGUGGUCAGCUGACGUUGUCAUAUUGUCUCUCGCCGAGCCAAGCCUCGGCUAUAACACUCGCGUUUUUGCGUCUUAACCGGAGAUUGGAAAUUAAUAAUAUUCAAUCCUCAAAGUGGUCCCACGUCCAGCUGGAGAGGCAGGAAAAAAGUCAAGGAAAGAAGUGAAGAUCCAGGAGAAAGGUGUGGUUGGUUGACACAGGCGGGAGGGAGAUUUACUGAGAAAGAGACCGAUAAAGAAGUGGGGAGAGUUGGAGAGAGGGUUCCAAAGCAAGGUAUGAAUUCUUACUUCGCAAACCCGUCGCUCUCCUGCCAUUUAUCCGGUGGUCAAGAGGUUUUGCCAAACGUCCCCCUGAACUCCACCACCUAUGACACAGUCAGACAUUUUUCGUCGUACGGCGCUGCUGUGACCCAGAAUCGGAUAUACGCACCUUUCUACUCCCCUCAAGAAAACGUCGUGUUCGGCUCUGGCCGGGCUCAGUACGACUAUGGAUCAAACGUGUUCCUUCAGGACAAGGACGUGCUGCCCAGCUGCAGGCAAACAAACAUGGGACUCAACUCACAGAGCCACAUUGCUCAAGAGUACAGUCUGGAUCAAGGAAGAGCAGGAGCUCAGGAGCAGAAAAGUAACAUCCCGAUCUACCCGUGGAUGCAGCGCAUGAACUCACACAGCGGAGUGGGCUACGGGACGGACAGACGCAGAGGACGUCAAAUCUACUCUCGUUACCAAACACUUGAGCUGGAGAAGGAAUUCCACUUCAACCGCUACCUGACCAGGCGCAGACGCAUCGAAAUCGCCAACGCGCUGUGCCUAACGGAGCGCCAGAUCAAAAUCUGGUUCCAGAACCGACGCAUGAAGUGGAAGAAAGAGAGCAACCUGACCUCGACGGUGACUGGAAGUGAACAGACAGGAUCCUCUCAGGAGGAGGAACGCAGUGGCGCAGCAGAAGAAGGGAAGGAUGAACACAAGAAGAAGGAAUAGUUGGAAUAAAAAAGAACUGAGAGGGGAUAAGUCUUCACCUCAUGACCAUGAAAGCCCAACAUAACUACCUAAUAGAUAUGGACUUGAGAGCGACAUCUCUGCAUGAUGGUCAUCCCGCUGCUCUUUAUCUCAUGUUUGACCCUAAAGGAGGUGUGGAGCCCUGAAUACUCAAACGAAUUCAGCCACAGUUUGGUCCUUGUGACAUUUGCAGCAUUAAGAUUGUUUUUUUAUAUAUAUUAUCAUCAUUAAUAUCAUUGCUAUGUCUCACAUGUAUUGUGAAAAUAAUAUUAAUAAUAAUAAAAUAAGAAGUAUUGUUUUCUUGGUUACUUCACACACCAAGAAACGUGUGUAUUCACCCAAAAAUUCGUCACUGUGAACUCUUUGAUCACCUCACCAAAAACAGUGUUGCUUUGACUUGUUGUAAACGCGCACAUUCCACGAUUCCACAGCACUAAAAGGGAAAAGGAUCGUGCGGACACUUGAUCACAGUGCAAAUUGUUGUAGUACUUGAAUUGUCCGCAAAAGAGUGGCCUGCAUUAACGUGAGAGUUGCACGGUCAGUGUCCAGUACACACACACACACACACACACACACACACACACACACACACACACACACACACACACACACACACACACACACACACACACACACACACACACACACACACACACACACACACACACACACACACACACACACGCACAGUCUGUAUAUAUAACAAAAGCUAUCAUGCAAAUUCUGUCAAAGCUUGUGCAUUUAGCCGCUUGAGUUUGGCGCUGCGUAAAAGGGAAAUGCGCCAGAUCUUCCUCUCCUUGGUCAUUUGACACAAUAUGUAUUUUUUUUAUUGUGAGAUAGAUUUGUACACUCUUCACUUUCAUUUGAGAUUUAUGAUUUUGUGUUUUGUCAUAGUUGUGUAUCAUGAAAUAAAAUCUUUAUAAAA